CGGGAAUCCUGGUUCACUCCAGCAUUGAGUAGGUAUUUGCACUUUGGACUCAGCGCAAGACGUUGUCCGGUCCUCUCAUCUUCUUUGCUCCCGCACGGAAUUCUCAAAGAACGUUUCCUGUUGAAUAUGGUAUCCUCUACAUCCUCGAUAAUGACAGCGACGGAAGAAAGGAAGCGGACAAUGACAAUGGAAAGAGCAAAAGCAGCGCACCUUUCGCGCCAACUGCAACUGCGCCUUCAAUAUGCGAGGUUGAAAGUUGAGCACGGUUGGCAAAAUCAAAACCUGAACGAGGUCGAGAACCUGUAUUUCCGGCAUUCACACACGAGACCUCGUCAAUCUCCGAAGGAUCCAACUCUCAUAACACUAUCCGUUCCUCCUGCCACUCACCGAUCUCCCAGUGUGGCGGAAGUUCGGACAACUUCUCAGUCAAAUAAUAUUGUUGCGGAACCCUUAGAAACUGCUGAGACAAAGGACACUCCUUCCCAACCAUCUCCAGCAUGCAAAUCACCAACACCACAAGCUCCUCCAUCUAAAUCCCCCACACCAGCAGCUCCCGAGAAUCCACCUGUUUCCAGCCUGGAAACGUCGCCUAUGGCUAUCGACUCCACUCCCGCCAUCGCCGCCGUCGUUCAACCGAGAUCCCAACACAUCCAAUUUUCUGCAAUCCCACAGGUAACCCCUGCACACAAACAAGGUACAUCUGAAUCUGUACCAACAUACCCCAUCACUAGUUAUUAUGGCGCCCUCUUUCCCUCUCAACCGCCAAGCACAUACGGAACAAGAUAUCCUCAGAUUCCAGGCGUACCUGUCCCUCUUGUGACCCCCACGCACCAAAAGGCACCAUUAGCCGGCCCUCAAUCACCACCUUUUCCCGCAUCUCCAGCGGUCUCCAGCUCCAUUCCAGUCGCUGAUCCUUUCAAGUUUGGCACAGCUGCAACAGGUUCACUCACUUACGACUCUUUCUGGUCCUCGCAUCUCGCAUCGAGGUCUCGGGCAUCUUUCUCAGCGUUGUCCUCGGACAGCAACAAACCUACCAUCGCGAACCCGUUGCCACGAAGAGCCACGGACAUAGCCCAAGCGUUGUCCGGAUAUUUGUCGACAGGCUCCACACCAGGGGGAGUUGUCCAAUCUGGGAACCAACAGCCCGAGGUUUCAAGUAGAGUAUGAUCACCUUCGGUGGCCUUUGCUCCUUAAUCCUGACGCAUGCUUGAUCUUGUAUCUUACACCCUACUCUGUAAUUUGUGGAGCGCAUAUCCAAUACCAUGUUUCAUAACUUGCC